CUCAGUUUUAAGUGAGAAUGGACUGAAGAUAGGAAAUGAACAUGCGCAUCACAAAUGCCUCUUCCACCCAUGCUCUACCAAGGGUUUUCCCUGCACCACCAGGCCUCUUCCACCCAUGCUCUACCAAGGGGUUUUCCCUGCACCACCAGGCCUCUUCCACCUGUGCUCUACCAAGGGUUUUCCCUGCACCACCAGGCCUCUUCCACCCAUGCUCUACCAAGGGGUUUUCCCUGCACCACCAGGCCUCUUCCACCCAUGCUCUACCAAGGGGUUUUCCCUGCACCACCAGGCCUCUUCCACCUGUGCUCUACCAAGGGUUUUCCCUGCACCACCAGGCCUCUUCCACCUGUGCUGUACCAAGGGGUUUCCCUGCACCACCAGGCCUCUUCCACCUGUGCUGUACCAAGGGGUUUCCCUGCACCACCAGGCCUCUUCCACCUGUGCUCUACCAAGGGUUUUCCCAGCACCACAAGGCCUCUUCCACCCAUGCUCUACCAAGGCUUUUCCCAGCACCACAAGGCCUCUUCCACCCAUGCUCUACCAAGGGUUUUCCCUGCACCACCAGGCCUCUUCCACCCAUGCUCUACCAAGGGUUUUCCCAGCACCACAAGGCCUCUUCCACCCAUGCUCUACCAAGGCUUUUCCCUGCACCACCAGGCCUCUUCCACCCGUGCUCUACCAAGGGUUUUCCCUGCACCACCAGGCCUCUUCCACCUGUGCUCUACCAAGGGUUUCCCUGCACCACCAGGCCUCUUCCACCUGUGCUGUACCAAGGGGUUUCCCUGCACCACCAGGCCUCUUCCACCUGUGCUGUACCAAGGGGUUUCCCUGCACCACCAGGCCUCUUCCACCUGUGCUGUACCAAGGGGUUUCCCUGCACCACCAGGCCUCUUCCACCUGUGCUGUACCAAGGGGUUUCCCUGCACCACCAGGCCUCUUCCACCUGUGCUCUACCAAGGGUUUUCCCAGCAUCACAAAUGCCUCUUCCACCCAUGCUCUACCAAGGAUUUUCCCAGCUCCACAAGGCCUCUUCCACCCAUGCUCUACCAAGGGGUUUCCCUGCACCACCAGGCCUCUUCCACCCAUGCUCUACCAAGGGUUUUCCCAGCACCACAAGGCCUCUUCCACCCAUGCUCGACCAAGGGGUUUUCCCAGCACCACAAGGCCUCUUCCACCCGUGCUCUACCAAGGGUUUUCCCAGCACCACAAGGCCUCUUCCACCCAUGCUCUACCAAGGCUUUUCCCUGCACCACAAGGCCUCUUCCACCCAUGCUCACCAAGGCUUUUCCCAGCACCACAAGGCCUCUUCCACCCAUGCUCUACCAAGGCUUUUCCCAGCACCACAAGGCCUCUUCCACCCAUGCUCUACCAAGGCAGUUCUCUAACUGA